UACACUCCCACUUUAAUUUAUUACUCAUCAGACUAAAAUAAAGCCAAACCCAUCACCUUCCCUUCCCUCCCCUUCCAUCGGACAGUCGCCCCAAUUAGUUUCGUAAUUAAUGAAAAUGCUGGAUGAUGGUUCUUCUUCUCAUCUUCCCCAAUGGUUGCUGGCCCUGUUAACCGAGAAGUUCUUCAACGCCUGCAUAGCCCAUGAAGGUUUCAAGAAGAAUGAAAAGAACAUUUUUUGCUUGGACUGCUCUGAAGCAAUUUGCUCCCAUUGUGUUCAUCCUCACUCCCUCUUGCAGGUGAGAAGGUAUGUGUACCAUGAUGUUAUAAAGCUCACCGACGCCGAGAAAUUGUUUGAUUGCUCUUAUGUUCAAGCGUACACUAACAAUGGUGCAAAGGUGGUGUUCUUGAAACGACGGCCGUUGACGCGGCCUUGCCGGGCAGGCUCCGGCAACCCCUGUCUGAAUUGUGACAGGGUUCUUCAAAUUCCUCAUGUCUUUUGCUCAAUUUCUUGCAAGCUUCAGCAUCUUCUCAGUAGUGGGGUCCAGCUUUCGGAAUUAAUUAGCAUACAUGACGAUGGCGGCGACUCUCCGGAAACUGAUGAAGAAUGGGGCGGGGAACACGCCGCCGGCCGGAUGACGCCGGUCACCGUUCUGGAGCCGCUAUGCUCUGUCAAGAUGGAUUCCGGAUGCAGCGGGAGCGUGGAUUGCCGGACGCCGUGCUGCACCGCGACGACGGAGAUGGGGAGGAGGAAACGAAGCACGUCGGCGUAUCGCCGGUGCCGGAGUUUCUGUCCGGUGGUGGGAGUCGCCGGCGGCGUUAGUAAUCGGAGAAAGGGAGUUCCUCACCGGUCUCCACUUGCUUGAUGUGUACGGAGACGUUGCAUCAAAUCGGGAGGGGGAAUGAGAUUUUGAAAUUGACGGCGUUAGACUGUUUGGAUAGCGGGGGCCAUAGGGUCAAAUCGGUAAUUUGACAGUUUGAUGGAUUUUCUUAAUCCCUGAUGUUUUUUAUUAACUAGAGGAUUUCAUUCCACAAUUCUCAAUUUAUAAGAGCACUGGUAAUGCCCG